UCACGGUACCACAACGGCAGGGUAGCAGACAGCCCCACGUGACCCACCAUCUCUGCCUAGAGCAGGAAAUAGAGGAAUCGCAAUGGCUGGCCUGGUGAUCGAUGAUGGGCUCGUGGAGUCGGACUUCGGCUAUGUGCUGCGUGUUUCUGGACCUCUGGUUAUCGCCGAGAGCAUGUCAGGGGCUGCCAUGUACGAGCUCGUGAGGGUGGGGCACCAGAAGCUGGUGGGGGAGAUCAUCAGGCUCGAGGGCGACACUGCCUCGAUUCAGGUGUACGAGGACACCUCGGGGCUUACCGUUGGCGACCCCGUCCUGCGGCGCCGGCAGCCGUUGUCCGUCGAGCUCGGCCCCGGUAUCAUGGGCACCAUCUUCGACGGAAUCCAGCGUCCGCUGGAGGACAUCGCGGGCCGCGAGGGGUCGGUGUUCGUCCCCAGGGGUGUGGACGUGCCCUGCCUCGACCAGGACAAGGACUGGGAGUUCAAGCCGUGCAACUUCAAGGAGGGCCAGCCAAUCACUGGCGGCGACAUCUUCGGUACCGUAUACGAGAACGAGCUCAUCACGGAGCACAAGAUCAUGUGCCCCCCCAACAUCUACGGGAACGUCGUCAAGGUUUACGGGUCCGGCGGUGACGGGAACGACAGCUUCAAGGUUAGCGACACGGUGCUGGAGGUUCAGAACGAGACCACCGGCAAGACGAGCGAGCUCAAGCUGUCGCACUUCUGGCCCGUGCGUAAGCCCCGCCCCGUGCUGGAGAAGCUCCCCGGCAACACCGCGCUCACUACCGGACUCAGAGUCAUCGACACCAUCUUCCCCUCCGUGCAGGGUGGUACCUGCGCCGUGCCCGGUGCCUUCGGGUGCGGGAAGACGGUUAUCUCCCAGUCGCUCUCCAAGUUCUCCAACUCCGACGCCAUCGUCUACGUCGGUUGCGGCGAGCGCGGAAACGAGAUGGCGGAGGUGCUCAACGAGUUUCCCGAGCUGACGAUCGACGUCAAGGGCAAGGAGGUGGGUAUCAUGAAGCGAACCACCCUCGUGGCCAACACGUCCAACAUGCCCGUGGCCGCCCGUGAGGCCUCCAUCUACACCGGCAUCACCCUCGCCGAGUACUUCAGGGACAUGGGAAUGAACGUGUCGAUGAUGGCGGACUCGACGUCCCGAUGGGCCGAGGCGCUGCGAGAGAUCUCGGGGCGUCUGGGAGAGAUGCCCGCCGACUCUGGGUACCCGGCCUACCUGGGGGCCCGCCUGGCGGCGUUCUACGAGCGCGCCGGCCGCGCGAGCUGCAUCGGGUCCCCCGGCAGGGAGGGGACCGUUACCGUCGUGGGCGCCGUGUCGCCCCCCGGCGGCGAUUUCUCCGACCCCGUGACGGCCGCCACGCUGUCCAUCGUCCAGGUUUUCUGGGGUUUGGACAAGAAGCUCGCGCAGAGGAAGCACUUCCCCUCGCUGAACUGGCUCAUCUCCUACACCAAGUACAUGCGCGUGCUCGAGCCCUUCUUCAACAGCUACGACGACAACUACAGCGAGCUCCGCACGCGGUGCCGCGACAUCUUGCAGCAGGAGGACAGCCUCUCGGAAAUCGUGCAGCUCGUCGGACGUGACUCGCUUUCCGAGGACCAAAAGGUGGUCCUCGAGAUCGCGCGUUUGAUCCGUGAGGACUUCCUCCAGCAGAACGCCUUCACGGACUACGACUACACCUGCCCGCUGUACAAGUCGCUCGGCAUGCUCAAGACGAUCAUCACGUUCUACAACUGCACCCAGAAGGCCAUCGCCGACUCGCCCGUCGAGGCGAAGGUCACGUGGGCGCACAUCAAGACCACCAUGGCGCCCCUCUUGCAGAAGGUCGUGGACGGCAAGUUCAUGGAGCCCAAGAUGCCGCGAGCGCAGAUGGACGCGGAGUAUAACGCUACGUGCGACGAGAUAGAAACCGCCUUCCAGUCUUUGGCUGACCUGUAGUUGGUCGCCGAGAAAGGAGUUCCACUCACGAACGCUAACGCUUACCUUGGUUGAUGCUAGCUUGACAAACGCCAAAUUGAAUUUCGCGGGCGAGCUUUUUGGUCCAUUUUAGGAAGAUAGGGUAGGAGAUUUUGGCUUUUUUUUCUGCAGAAGAAUUUUGGCUUUCGGUCGGCCGAAUGAGAGUGUAGCGGGGAGGGCUGUUCGGGUGGACCGCGUUUGCUUGCGGCACCAUCGCCUUUACGGCGUUGAGGGCCGACAGGCAGAUAAACCUAGCAAGCGGACGGACGUGAUUCUCUCCAUGGUUUGUAUUAGUUUUUUUUUUGUGGUGUGGCCCAUGGAUCGUUCUGGGAGUAGUACCCCUUGGCUACCAGUACAUACAUCCCAAGGCAGCUCAGUGGGAAGAAGGGCGGGAGGCCGCGCCCGGGACGCGUUUUUUUUGUGUGCGGGGACGCACACACCGUCCGUCCGUUCGUUCGUUCACUCGUGGUACUUGGCGUGGUGCCGAUUUGGCUUCGUUUUUUCUGUUGUCGUUCGGACACGUCACAGUCGUGGAGGUGAUGUAGCUCGAGACGUAGAGGCGCUGCCCCCUGGUUGUGGGGAAUCGU